CCACAUUUGUAGCUUAGGUGUUUAUCAACUAUAUAUUUUAAGAUAUAUUCUAUACAAACCAGGGAGAGUAAAUUGUUGUAAGUUGCUUGCUAAUUAUGGCAUUAUCCGUUUUAGAGGAUUUUGUGAAAGAUCUUUUAAAAGAAAAUAUUAUCCAAAAUUAUACGGCCAAAAAAGAAACCGCACGUGAAUUUUAUUUCAAGAAGUACAGACAACUUGGAAAGAUCUCUUUCUUCAAAUUUAAGAAGGAACUAUGGAAAUAUUGGUAUGUCAAUUCAUUUACAUCGCGAGAAAUUAAAUUUAACGAACACUGGAUAAACUAUUUUGCCGAUCAAAUUGGAGGAAGCUCUCUGAAUAAGGAACCAUUUAACGAGCAAGCUUAUAUCAAUGACCAAAAGUGUUUAUUGUGCAAUGUUAUAUUUAAUAAUCCAGAUGAUUAUAAGAGCCAUCUCGAAUGGUUGGAUCAUCAAAUUCGUUUUAACUACGUUAAAAACAGGUCAAUUUUCAAGAACAAUAAUGAAAUCGAAGCAGUGUUGAUAUGUAAUGAAGAAGAUUAUACAGAACAAAAACUACAAGUUCCAGUGAAAACAGAUAUAAAAGCCACGCUACGUAUCCAAAACGUUACGAAAAAAAAUAUUAAUAUUCUAAAGAUUGUCCAAAUUAACACUUUACAGACACAUGUAAGCCUACAGGAAGAAUUUGUGAGAGAGGUCCAAUUGAAACCAUCGGCAACAAUAGAUAUCACUAUAAGGGCUUAUUUUGAACACAGUGAUUCCCUUGAAUAUCCCAUUUUAUUGCUUACUGGAGGAAAGAGAAAAAAUUUUCAUCUAAUCACAAUAGAAGUGGAGUCAGCAUCUGAAUUUUCUUUCCUAAAGAAAAAUUCGACAAAAUAUGUUAGCCCGAUACCAGACGCUUAUUCAAUAUAUUCUGAUAAGCAUGAUAUGAUUGUACCAGGACAAAAGCUAGAAGAGUUAAAAUCAUACUACACUGAGAAAUUACCAUUGGACGGCUUUUAUAUACCCCAUAGAUUAGAAGAGAUAUUUAAAAGAUUAUUAACAGAAUAUCCAGAAUUUGGUAUGAGAGCACGACAGAAAGAUUACAAAAUAUUUAGUCGGAUGUUGAAUGUUAUUCCCGGCAUUGAAGAAACCAACUAUUUUACCAACCUUGAAAAACUAUUACAUAUAGAAGAAAAUCAGUUAAGAAUAGAUAUUAGAAAUUAUGAUACCACAUCGACAUUAAAGAAAGUGAAGGGAAAACCUUUAUACGAACUAGAGGUUCCUGGAUUAGCCGAAGCAAGACCGUCUAUUUUAAGAAAUGAUAGAAUUUAUCUAAAAGAAAACAAGACUGAUUCUUCUAAGUAUGAAGGACGUGUUCAUCAAGUAUUUGAAACAAGCGUUUAUUUAGGAUUAAAUAAAAGGUUUGACGAAAUAUUCAUCGAUAACAAAAAAUUUCAUAUCGAAUUUGGCUUUAACAGAAGGUCCAUACAAGUUGAAAAGCAAGCUCUAUUUUUAGCUCACACACAUAAAAUUAUUCCAUAUUUAUUUCCAAAGGAACUUCAAAUUGAAAUUUUACCUGAAACCGAUUUGAUCCUCUCUAAUAGUAUCUUGAAUGAAGAACAGAAACUUGCAGUAAAAAAUAUUGUAAAAUGUAGGAACAGUCCCUUUAUAAUUUUUGGUCCUCCAGGAACCGGAAAAACAAUAACAGUAGUGGAAUCCGUAUAUCAGAUUUGGAAAAAAUAUCCUAACUCCAGAAUAUUAAUUUGUGCUCCUUCCAACGCUGCAACUAACGAAGUCGCUGUACGGUUAAGAAAAAUUAUUCCCAAAAGCGAAAUAUUUAGACAUAUUGGGUAUAUCUAUGCCCAUAACAAAACUGAACUCCAGGGAAUAGAAGAUAUUGUAAAUCUAGACAAGCAUGGUGAAUUUUACGAACCAUCUAUGGAAGAAUUGCUUAAGUACAGAGUUUUGCUAACAACUGUAGUUACAAGUGCAAGACUCGUCAAUGGUGGAGUUCCUUCCAAUCAUUUUUCGCACAUAUUUAUCGACGAAAGUGGAUAUGCCACAGAGACGCAAACACUUAUUCCAAUUGCAGGGAUUGCAUCGAAUAGUGAAAAGGAAGGCAUGGUUACUGCUCAAUUAGUACUCGCUGGAGAUCCCAAACAACUAGGACCGUUGGUUCAUUCUGGAAUUGCUGAAUAUUGCGGAUACGGUAAAUCAAUGCUAGAAAGACUUAUUUACACUAAAGUAUAUUUUAACAAUGAAACCAAUUCGUUUGAUAACCGUUGUGUAACAAAAUUAGUCAGAAAUUAUAGAUCCCAUGAAUCGAUUCUUAAACCAUCAAGCAAAUUAUUUUAUGAUAAUGAGCUAAUAGCAGCUGGUAAUGCAUUUACUGAUUUGUUCAUCGAUUCUGAUAUUCUUAUAAAUAAGAAGUUUCCGAUUAUUUUCCACAAUGUCGAAGGUGAAGACAUAAGAGAUAAGACAUCUCCAAGUUUCUAUAAUGUCCAAGAAAUUGAACAGACUGCGGAAUAUAUUUCAAAACUAAUGUCAAAUAAAGUAAGGGGAAUGACGAUUAAAGAAGAUCAAAUUGGUGUUAUUGCUCCAUAUAGAAAACAGGUUGAGAAGCUAAAACAGGCUUGUGCACGAAAGAAAUGGAAUAAUUUGCUAAUUGGAUCUGUGGAACAGUUUCAGAGAAAAGAGAAACUAAUUAUCAUAAUAUCUACAGUAAGAUCGAAAAAUACGAGUAAAUUUGAAGAAAUUGACAAAAUGUGUAAUAUAGGUUUUUUAUCAAAUUCAAAGCGACUUAACGUAGCGUUAACAAGAGCGAAGGCUCUUUUAAUCGUAAUUGGCAACGCUACUGUUUUGAAAACGGACGCAAAUUGGUCACAUUUCAUACAAUAUUGUUCAGAAAAUAAAUCUAUAACAGGAAAACCCUUUAAUUAA